AUGGGGCCCCGCGGGCAGACAGAGCCAGCAGCCAAACCCUACUUGACGUUGACCUGCAGCCCCCAGGCCCCGCGAACAACGGGCUGGGCUCGGCGGGCUGGCGAGGGCGCGGCCGACUCGUGCUCGGAGGACCAAGCGCUGUCCCCGCCGGCACGGAAGAAGCGGGCCCCGCUCUGCCCGCCGGUCCCGGCCUCCGGCCGCAGCACCGAUGCCAAGGGUGCCCCUUUCUGGAACCACCUGCUGCCCGGGGCCAAGAGCUCUGCAGAUUGCACUACGGUCGGGCGGCGGGUGAAGAGCGGGCUGCGCCUGAAAUCGAGACACCUCCGCAGCAGCCUCCGGAAGGGGCCCGUGGGCGCCCGGCCCUCCCCCACCGCCUGGGCCGCCACCUCCAUCAGCCGGGCCCUGCUGGGCAACUUCGAGGAGUCCAUCCUGAAGGGACGCUUUGCACCGUCGGGCCGCAUCGAAGGGUUCACGGCGGAGAUCGGGGCCAGCGGCUCAUACUGCCCCCAGCACGCCACCUUGCCCGUCGACGUCACCUACUUCGACAUCUCGGAGCACAGCGCGCCCUCGCCUUUCCUGGGAGUGAUCGACUUGGAAGCCUUGGGAAAGAAGGGUUACAGCGUGCCCAAAGCUGGAACCAUCCAAGUGACCUUAUUUAACCCCAACAAGACUGUGGUGAAAAUGUUCCUGGUGACGUAUGACUUCCAGGACAUGCCGGCCCAUCACAUGACCUUCCUGCGCCACCGCAUCUUCCUGGUGCCCGUGGGGGAGGACGAGGGGGCUGGUGCGGUGCCCAGCGACCCGGCUUGCGCCCACCCCCCCCGCAGGGUCCUCUGCUACCUGAUGCACCUGAGGUUUCACAGCUCCAAGUCGGGGAAGAUCUACCUGCAUGACGACAUCCGGCUGCUCUUCUCCCGCAAGUCCAUCGAGGUCGACUCCGGCAUCCCCUACGAACUGAAAUCCUUCACUGAGAUGCCAAGGAACCCCUGCUACUCUCCUCGGGCCUGAAUGGGGCAGGGCCAGCCCGGGCCUCUGUGCCCGGCACCUUGUAGAGACCAGUAAAGGGCAAGAGCAGAGAUGGCUCUUCAGCCUCCGCCCUGAAGCUUUCGCCCCCGCCCCACCGAGCUGUGGGGGUAGCAAGCCUUGGCAGCGGUCUCUGGCUGCCAGUGGCCCCGGGCCUUUGCACAGUGGUGAGCACGGAGGGGUCAGGGUGACGUGGGAGGGUACAGACGGCUGCCAGGGUGCUGCCUUCCUCACCCCGCCAGUGCUGGAGACAUCCCCAGGUCUCUCGCAACACCAUGCCCUGCUGGGAUGGGGGGCUCAGACCGUGCCAGACUCUCUGCUGUGGGGAGGAAGGGGCAGUGCGGGGAGCUGGGGUGCAGUAUUUAUUAGUAUUUAUUGUUGCAGGGGAGGCAGCCGCGGCCGGUGGGCAGCUCUGGGCCCAGGCGGUCACAGGUGUGAGGAGACAGGUGGUCCCAGAGGGGCCUCGUAGUGCCACGUGGGAGGGAGCUGGGGGCAUGGGGCACGGCCCCUUCAGCACCAGGGUGCGGGGAGCCAGGGCUGGGCUGUCGGGGUGGCAUCGCGGCUGAGGCGUCUCAGAAGAAGGCAGGGGGCCUCUCCUGCCUCGUUGUCUGCAGAGCUCCUGAGCCCUGGUCCUGUUACGGGAAACAGGGAGGCUGCAGGGGCUGGAGCAGAAGCCUCUCCAGUGGCCGAGAGCUGCUGGGCCCUGUCUUGACGGGUCUGAGCCAUGCUUAGGCAGCUGGGGCUGAGUCCAGACCAGAAAGGCAGGGCAGGAGCAGGCCGGAGGGAGUGGGGAGAAGGGGUGUGCACGGUGCUGCUGGGCUGGAGUCCUUGGCUCUGUCCCCACAGGACACCAUCUCUGGGGCACGGAGGGGAUGGGCUGUCCCUGGGCAGGGCAUGCCAGGCGCCGCUGGCUUUGGAGUGAGCGUUUGCUGCAGGUUGAACGGAGCAGGCCAGGAGCUGGGGGCAGGGGGAUUGCUGGUUAUUGCAGUGCGAGCCCCACAGAGCCGGCACGGUGCACAGAUGAGAUGGAGCGGUCAGGGCAGGCCUGGCCCCUGGGCAGCAGCUGCUAGGACGGGUCAGGAGGUGGGGGGCGGGCUGGUGGAGGGGCAAGGACACACUGGUGUCUGCCCCGCCAGGGGCCAGGCAGCCGCGGGGCUCCCUCUGCCCAGAGGUGAGGUUUCCCCCCAGUCUGGCGGGGAAGCGUCUGGCCUGGCCCAUUCUGCAGGGAGCCGAGUGAAUCCCUGGUCAGACGGACCCUCCCGGACCCGUGCUGCUCUGUGGGGCAAGCUGGCGGGAGGAGGCAGCCCCUGGGACCUGGAGUGAAGGGAGAGACAGGUGGAGGCUGGCAGCGGGCUGGGGCGCAGCGCUGGGGCCUCUUGAAGAAGAGGGAUGUGAGGCAGUACCGACCCCCACGCCGCGUGCUGCCGAGGCCUGUCCUGCCCCCACGCGCCAGGGGCACGGGUGUGCAGGGGGUGGGAGCGGGUGACCUGUGGGCUUGCAGAGAUGCAAGAGCGGCCGUCCCCUCGCAGGGCUCGGGGGUGUUUGCAGGGGGAGAAGGGGAAGGGUCCCUUCCCCCAGCAGGGCCAGGGGCUGGCGGGGCCGGGGGUGGGAGCUCCUGCAGGCCUGGGUGGAGGUGGGAAGCGCAGAGAAGUCGUUCCUUCCCUCCCUCCACACUUCGGCCACAGCUCUCGCGCCCCACUAGGCCAGCGCUGGCCUGGGGCGUUGCACCCCCGUGCAGCGCGGUCGAUGCAGGCGGUCCCCGCCUCGCCCCCCAGUCCCGCUGCUGCGGGGGCAGAGGGGGGCGGUGUUUUUAAUCCCGCAUGACCAGCACCCGCCCGCCGGCCACCGCGUCGCCGAGCAGUGGGGCGCGUGUCAAGGAAGCCGCCGGGCCCGCACCCCACCCAUGCAGGGCGGGGGCGGCUCCGUCCCAGCUACCUCAGCGCAGAGCUGCUGUCCACGUUUCACGGGGAGGCUGCCACGGCCGCCCCCACCCUCCGGCUCACCACGGGGCUCGGCGCCCGCCAUCUCACGCCAUCCUCCGGAGCCCGGGGUGGGGGGAACAAGCGGUUGCAGAAACUUGAACGUAAUAAAAAAAAACAACCACCCUCCCCAGAAAAAAGUCACGUUGUGCCCGGUCCUCCUCCUUUUCUAAUUUAAUAAACGGUCGUUUGGAAACAG